CGAACUCCAAACAAACAGCAAGAAGCUCCUCCUCCCCUUGCCAGGUUAGCUAGCAAGCUUGGUAGCCCGUGCAGGCGAUGGCAACGCCGGCGGGACGGCCGCCGCAGCAGGCGCAGCCGCUGUCGGUGGACUUCGAGGCGCUGAGCUACAUCAGCAGCCUGGUGGAGGCGUUCCAGGCGUUCGACUCCGACAACGACGGCCUCGUCACGGCGCCGGAGCUGCGCGGCCUCCUGGCGUCGCUCGGCCUCGACAAGCCGGAGCACGAGGUGCGCGACAUGCUGGCGCGCGCCGACGCCGACCGCGACGGGAAGCUCAGCGUGGAGGAGCUCCUGGACGUGAUGAACGCCGGGGAGCUCGGGCUGGGCGCGCUCGGCGCGCUGCUGCAGUCCGCCGUGCCGUCCCUCGAGUCCGCGGCGGGGCCCGACGGCGUGCUGGGCGCCGACGAGCUCGCCAGGCUGCUCAGCGUCAUGGGCACCGCCAGCGUCGAGGACUGUAUGGAGAUCAUCGCCUGCAUGGACGGCGACGGCGACGGCGCCAUGAGCGUCGAGGAGUUCAGGCUCAUGGCCCAUCUGCUCUAGACUACCUUUGCAUGCAAUGCAACCAACACACCACGCUGUUGGCCAAUACUUGAUGACGGUUCUAGCAAUAAGAUGCUCCUGAAGUUCCAAUG